UUUGCUUCGUUGUUUAUUUGUUUCAAUCCAUCUUCUUGAUAAAUUUAAAUAAUUUUUUUAUUUAUCUUAAUUUAUUUAUCUCUUAACAGUAAUUUUUAAAAAUGCCAAGAGACGCAGAAAAAAUUGCUCUCAUUGCAAUGGUAAUGCAAAUGUGUUAUCUUUAUUUAAAAAUCCAUAAAAACAAAAAUCGCAAUCGUAAAUGGUGGAUACGUCCUUUGUAUCAAAAUAGACAUAAUAGAGGAUAUUUUCAAACAACUUUUAAGCAAAUAAAAGAAAAUGACGAAGAUCUUUUAUUUAAUGCAACAAGAUUAACUCGUUUGCAAUAUGAUUUGCUUCUUUCUUUAAUUAAAUCCAAAUUAACAAAAACAUCCAUUAGAAGACCAAUAAGUCCAGAAUGCAGAAUGGUCGUUACUUUAAUGUACCUCUCACAAGGAGCUUCAUUUAAGUUCCUAGCAGAGAGCUUUAGAAUGGGCUUAUCAACUGUCCGAAGCAUUAUAAUCGAGGUUUGCGAUGUGCUUUGGAAAGUCCUUUCACCGGCGUACAUGCCAGAAAUGAAUGCCAAUGACUGGAAAUUCAUGAGCACUCAAAUAAACGAUCGUUGUCAUAUUCCUCAUUGUGUUGGGAUUAUAGAUGGGAAGCACAUUGAGAUAAAGCGGCCACCAAAAUCAGGCACUAAAUAUAUAAAUUAUAAAGGCUUCUAUAGUACUGUCCUGCUUGCAGUGUGUAAUGCAAAUUAUACAUUCACAGUUGUAGAUGUAGGAACUUAUGGAAGUCAGCAAAACCAAGGGAAAGAUUUUACUGACUCAACAUUUGGCAAAAUGAUAUUUUCUAAUAACUUACAACUACCACCACCUGAAAAACUACCAAACUCAGAUAAGGUAGUACCUUAUUUUUUUGUCGGUGAUGAUGCAUUUCCGUUGCGUAUGAAUCUACUGAGACCAUAUCUUGGCAAUACAUUGGAUGCGGCAGAGUUAAUUUUCAACGAUAGACUAUCCGAGGCACGUGAAAUUACUGAAAAUACAUUUGGCAUUUUGGUUGCUCGAUGGCGUAUUUUAAACAAAUGUAUUGAAUUUCAACCGAAAAAUGCCAACAAAGUCAUUCUUGCUUGUACUGUGCUGCAUAACUUUAUAAAAACAACAGAUAGUUUGUAUAAUUCAAACUACUACUGCCCUGAAGGUUUUUGUGAUAUGUAUAACUAUGAUGGGACAAGAAUUGAUGGAAUAUGGCGACAAGAAAUACAAGAUCUUAUUUCGGUUAGAAGAUGCGGUAAUCACAAUCGGGAAGAAGGAGCCUUUGAAGUGCGUAGAAAGUUGGCACAAUACUUAUUAAAUGAGGGUCAGCAGAUGUCUUUGGGGCAUUCCAUGGUCAUGGCGGGGGGACUUGUAGAAAUACUGUAUGAAUAAAAAUAAAUGUUUUUUUUUUACAUUUUAAUGUUACCAAAACUAGA